AUGUACUCCCAAAACCAUCAGCAGGGGCACAAUACCCGGCUGAAUGGGGCGGGUCGAGGAAUGCCGAAUAUGCUCUACAGCUUUCAACAGCACACUCAGCAUCAGCAUCAAACCCAGCCCCAGCACCACCAAGGCCUUCAGCAUGAUCACGGGAUGCCCUCAGCGAACGGCCUCGCCCACCACACGUCCUUUGGGUCUAGCGGCCUCUCGACCCCCAACGCCUUCAGCUCCAGUGUCUUGUCAAACGGACACGCAGCCAACCAGCGAAGCGGCGGCGGCCAAGCAUCCCAGAACGAGAUGUGGCAGGAACAGUUGCGUAUGCAGAAGGAGGCGGAGCGAGCCCAUUCUGCCAUGACCGACCAGCAGCAGCCUCACUACUACGCGAGGCUAAAGGCGUCUGAAAACAGAGGCAUCGGGGGUCCGCCUCCUGCGAGCGGACGGACCCAAGCAGACGGAGAGAACGAUCCCGAGGACCGGAGACGCCCGUACGUGGUCGACAAGGAAUCCAACCGACAAGAUUGGCACAACAUGGACAUGUCUGGUCAAGGCCUUCGAAAUCUAGCACCUGAGCUGUUUCAGUACAAAUUUUUGAACGAGCUCUUCAUAGCCUCGAACAAGCUCGUCCGACUUCCCAAGCUUAUCGGUGAGCUAAGGCAGCUGCGCCAUCUCGACGCUUCGUACAACCAAAUAACCGAGCUGCCGGCCGAACUCGGCAUGUGUACAUACCUCAAGACCCUACUACUUUUUAACAAUGAAAUCCGAGAUCUUCCGUUCGAACUCGGCUCGCUCCACCAGUUGGAAAUGCUGGGAAUUGAGGGGAAUCCCCUGGACCCUGGCUGGAAGCAAGAGAUCAUGGAAAAGGGCACAAAGAGUGUGAUUAAUGCGCUGAAAGAGGGAGCACCAGUUCCCGAACCCCCGUCUCCUCGAAAGGAAAUCAUCGUACAAGAGGACGUUUCUCCGAACCUGGAAAGAAUCAAGGUAUUCUCCUGGAAUGUGCUAUGCGAUAAAUAUGCCACCCCGCAAACAUAUGGCUAUACGCCUACGAAUGCGUUGAACUGGGAAUAUCGCAAGAGUUGUAUUUUGGAUGAGCUGCGAUUGAGAGAUGCCGAUUUCUUGAGCUUGCAGGAGGUAUCGACAGAUGCUUUCAAGGAGGACCUGAGCCCUGAGCUGGCGCAGAUGGAUUACAAGGGUGUCCAUUGGCCCAAGUCGCGCGCCAAGACCAUGUCGGAGAAGGAUGCCCAGACGGUAGACGGAUGCGCAGUCUUCUACAAGCAAAGCAAGUAUAUCCUGCUGGAUAAGCAACUUAUCGAGUUUGCCAGCAUCGCCAUCAACCGACCUGAUAUGAAGAACCAGCACGACGUGUUCAACAGAGUAAUGCCGAAGGACAAUAUUGCCGUCAUCUGCUUCUUUGAAUCCCGCCUCACUGGAGCUCGUAUUAUCCUGGUCAAUGUGCAUCUUACGUGGGACUCUGCUCUGGCAGAUGUCAAGGUCAUUCAGACCGGUAUCCUCAUGGAGCACGUUACCAAGCUGGCCGAGAAGUAUGCCAGGUGGCCAGCGGUCAAGGACAAAAAGAUGAUCACAGUACCUCUGCCAGAUGAUGCCGAGGCUCCAGAGCCACAAGCAGAACCUGGUCCAAGCCAAGAGUACCGGACCAACACCGAUAUACCGCUCCUAGUGUGUGGUGACUUCAACUCAACCGAGGGCUCAUCUGUGUACGACCUCAUGUCCAUGGGCAGAGUUCCCCCCGACCACCUGGAAUUGACCAGCUACCAGUACGGCAGCUUCACUCGGGAUGGUAUCGAGCAUCCUUUCAGCCUGAGGGAUGCAUAUGCACACACAAAGAAGACAGCAGACGAGAUGCCCUUCACCAACUACACACCCGGGUUUGCUGAUGUCAUUGACUACAUUUGGUAUUCGACAAACACGUUGGAAGUUGUGGAACUGCUUGGCCCCCCGGAUGCUGAAUAUCUAAAGAGAAUGCCUGCCUUCCCCAACUGGCACUUCCCGGCUGAUCACAUCCAAAUAAUGGCCGACUUUGUCAUUAAAGCUCGGAAAGACAAGAAGCAAAAUCAAGAUCGCGAGCAGCAGGCGGAUUCCGGCGGCCCCUCUGGACGAGGCUGA